UCCACAAAUACUGAAAUUAUCGUCAUAAAAAUGAAAGAAAAAAGUUUCUCCGCUGAGACGACAAAACACAACCGUUGCAGAAAAAAAAACGACAACCAGAAAACAAAGAAACGUGACAGCAACAGUCUUUUAAAAAAAUCUCUUCUUGUCUUUUCAGUAAUGCAUGGCUCCGCCCCUCGUCUCCUCCACCUGCUGCUAUUGGCUGAGCUGUUUGUCCGUUCGUCGCCGCGGCCCGCCCACUGCUCGCCGCUCUGUGGGAUGUUCAGGCCGAUGGUCCUACAGCUCAACAGCUUGAACAACAUGUCCAAAAAACUCCACCACUUGACGGACCAUGAACUCGUGAUCUUUGAGGGCGUGGAACACCGACUGGACGACCUUCCUCACAUCCAACACACCGCGGCGCAUUUCAGCUCACUGAAGGUGAACGAGUCACUCUCCCAGCUGUUGCGUUACACUCGGUCCUUCAGGCUGCACGUUGAUUGGUUGAAAACAGCCAAAGAAAACGUCAGUUUGUCCUCUCGGUCCACAGGGGGCGCCGGAGCGCACCUCCUCCGGCUGUCCGACCUCCUCACCGCGUCUCUUCUCCAGAUGGGAGAGGAGGUUCCUCCUUCGCUGUCCCCCCCCCUGGCUCCCAUCUCCACGGCCUUCGACGUCCUCCGCUUCUCCGUCGAGAUGUCCGAGCGGCUGAUGGUCUUCUGUAACUGGUCGAAAAGAGUCCUGCUGCGUCUCCAGAGACUCUGCGACUGCCCGAGACGUUAAAGCUCUGGCCCCAGCCAGCAGGCGCCGCCCCCCCCCUCCCUAUUUAUAUGCUAUGUGUUUACUUAACAUCAGGGAUUGUUGGGUCCCCCCAGCUCUUGUCCCGCCCGAAGCACGUUGACAACCAUCGGGUUGUCAUCGGGACGGGUGCGGCAUAAAAAGUGGUGCAACCAUUCGAGGUCCCCAGAAGAACCCUCCUGACUUUGGCGAUUCCCGUACUUUGCCUCGACCCCCACCGGCAGGUUGAUACGUGUUGAUCUUUUUAUAAUUGUUGGCUGGAUUUGUUGCAGACACUCAUGUCCAUCAGGUCAAACUUUAAAUGAGUCUGAUACUUUGGUUCAUGACCAAAUGCCUGCGGAGCUAAUGACAUUCCCGUCUGUGUUUAUUUUUAUAUUUUGUACGAUUCAGCAAACGUUGUCAUGCUGACAUGCUGAACCAGGGUGCACAGGCGUCGUCAUCACCGGCAUAUAAUUUGUCGCAGGAGUGACCAGAUGUUUGGUUUUAGGUGCUUUGAUUCAGCAGUUAAAGCAGAAUAAGUUGGUAACGUGUUCUUAAGAAAUGUGUCAUAUCUCUUUUUUUAAAAUGUGCCGUAGUGAUGCAGUGUGCAGAGGAACCCCAACCGGUGACCUUUACUCCCUACGAGGCUGUUUACAUUCACAGUGCCUGUUCCGGUCCAGGAACGACCAGAAAACUACUCCUGUUGUUUUAUACUUAUUUAGGAUGCUAUUUAUAAGCUUUUAUAUAUUAUUGCGUGAGAUGCAGGCAUCUCGUUUGUUUUCCAUGAGUUAUCUAUUAUGUCAUAUUUAAUAUUAAUAAUAAAGUAUUGUCAUAGUAAUGACUUUUCACAGUAUUAUUUAUAUAUUUUGCUUUUGUAUCUUUGACAUGAAGAACUGAAUAAAGUUUUACACUUGAAAGAAAGAUCUCCGUGGUUGAAGUCCUCCUUGCUAUGCACCACCCAGUGGAAGCACUCUUGGUGUUGAAAGUAAACACCACGUAUCUGUGUAAAGUAAUAAAGCUCGACGGCACAUCUCACAGCC